AUGGAUGCUCUGAUUCCCGAAAAGCAUUUAACUUGUCACGAACAGGCGCUACUCGAAGGGAUAAAAAAUGAUCCAACAUCCUUGCAGGAUGUAAUCUUGGAACAUGAACAUACGGGAAACAUUGACAAAGAUCAUGUCGAUGAUAUCAUUGGUACUGUGAUGAUCAGCCUUGUAAGUAAAAUAUUAAUUUACCUUAACGAGUUUAGAAGAGGACUGGAUCUUUAUGGUUUACCAGCCUUGAUACAAGCCAACAGUGAUUUGUGCAAGCAUCUGUUUGUUAGAGGGGAAGGAGGCAAAGCACCAGAUGCCAAUUAUUUAUUGUCAUGCUUAAUGCCAAAUUAUUCCGAAGAUGGAAGCUCCCGACGAGCCGUGGAAGAACAAAUGGUUGACCACUUCCAAGAUCUGUUAAUAAGUUUGGAAGACGACGAGCAGGUGACGGGUUACACUGAAGCACUAGCAUGGAAUGCUAUUUUGGAUAUUGCAAACACCGAAGGAAACGAUAAGGAAACUGGUUCGUACCAGUCACCAGAUCUUACACCAGCGGGUGUACUGGGAUGGCUAACGGGUCAAAAACAUGUACCGAUCAAUGAGGAUAAUUUAAAAAUACAUGUUGAUUUUGAUCAUGACUGUUGGUUGUUGGAGCAUGUGGCAGAAAUGUUACUUUGCCAGUUGAACACAUGA